AUGUUGAACCACUCUAUCCCGCCGGCCUCCCAGGUCCAGCACACGAGCUCUGGCGUUCCGUUCUCGGCGCUCACGCGAGCCUCGCUCUACUUUUCUGACGGCAACAUCAUACUCGUCGCUGGCAACGCGCUCUUCAAGGUCCAUCGAGGGCAACUCGCUCGGCAUUCUGAGGUUUUCCAGGGUCUGUUCACGCUGCCGACACCGCCGCAAGAACAACUCUACGAUGGCUGCCAAUGGAUCGAGCUCUUCGAUUCUCCGAAGGACGUCUUCUACUGGCUUGCGUCGCUGUAUGAUGGCCUCUACUUUCCUUCUCCUCGCGCUCUGCAGUUCCCGGCCUUGGCUUCCACGCUACGCCUCUCCGGCAAAUACUUCUCCACUACGCUACAAGGGAUCUGUGCUCAGCGACUCGCCCUCGACUGGCCCAACACCCUCGAAGGCUGGGAUCGCCGCGAAGCCGAAGCCACGUUGCCCUCCGAAUCCGGCCCCCGCUACUGCCCGCGCGACUUCGCCCCGCACCCCGUCUCCGUCAUCUUUGCCGCCCUCGAGCUCGACCUCCCCGAGCUCCUCCCCUCCGCCAUGUACGACCUCUCGCGCUACGGGCCCAGCCGCGUCCUCGCCGGCGCGAUCGUCCCGCACGGGCCCUACUCGGACGAGCCCGCGCACCGCGCCAUGGGCCACGGCCCGCACGAGGUGCAGUCGCUUCCGCGCGAGCUGCUCGUGCGCGUGUUGCGCGGGCGGGAGAACGGCCAGCGCUACAUCUCGACGUUCAUCACCAGAGAGCUGCAAGACCGCGCCCCGAGCCAGCGGUGCUUCUACAUGGCGCUGCAGCACACGGCGCCGUCGCCGUGCCAGGAGUCGUUCUACUUCAUCACGCUCAACAUCCUGCGCUCGGUUGGUGGGAUCGCGUCUGGCCGCGAUGGGGACCCGCUCUUUACGCUGCUGCAUGCGAAAGAGAUGAUGGACAGGACGGAUUUUGAGGACGGGCAGGGUGAUGGGCCGAAGGCGCUCCGCAUCUGCGGCGAGUGUCGGCGCGAGCUGGGCAAGUCCAUUGAGGACGCGAGGGAAGAGGUCUGGAGCUCAUUGCCGCAGUGGUAUGGGUUGGAGAGGGAGGAGGGCGAGGUGGGGUUGGAGGACAGCUUCGAGUGCAACGUUACGAUCUAG